UGUAAAUGUGUGCUCGAAAAAGAACCAACAAAAGCUCCAGGUCUGCUUGCUUGUUCGUCUUUGGUUUCUUCGACAGAGUGGAGCAUCUUACCAUUCAGCAUCUUCGCUCUCACCGUCUUUUAUCUCAGAGAUCGCCUGGGAGGACUCGUGAAUCACUCCGAGGUUGCUGGUUAUUGCGACCUAUCAGAAGCGGCAUAUCUCAAGCCAGGUGUGCGCAUUCUUCAAAUACUAUGAACGCGUACUUUCUAAUUAUCACCGCUUUUACCGGAGCUAUGUGUUCACUCUCUCGUUAGCAGACGGGAGGCACAGACGAGGAAGUUACACCGCAGAAGAGCCAACGUGACGUCUGCUUGGACGUUAUAUGUUACAACUUGAAGCCGACGCCAGGUAGGCGCGUCCUCACCACCCCACCUGUCUAUAGGGUUUAACAAAAAAUAAUAUUAAAAUAGAUAGAUAUAUAUAUUUUUUUUUGCACAAGUGGCUGGAGGAUAAGAUGGCCAGGGCUGGAAGUGUAUUGAAGUUGGCGGUGGUCAUCUUUGUCUUCCUCCUAGUUAUGUUCAUGACUUUUCAACUGCUGGAGAUAAACAUGGAUUUCACGUUUCGCAAUGUGCUUUCAAGAUCUAUGCCAUCGAAUGAAGUCUCCCCAAAGCCAGUGAGGUACAAGUGUGGGCUGUCCAAGUCCUGUCCACCCGGACACUUCGCCUUCAGGAUGGCGAGUGGAGCGGCCAACGUGGUGGGACCCAGAAUCUGCCUGGAGGACAAAUUAGUCAUGAGCGCUGUGAAGAACAACGUGGGGAGAGGAGUCAACAUCGCCCUGGUUAAUGGGAGAACAGGGGAUGUUAUCAAGACGGAUUUCUUUGAUUUGUGGGCAGGAGAUGUGGCUCCCUUCAUUCAAUUCCUGAAGGGAAUUGCAGAAGGGACGGUCGUGAUGAUGGCCUCGUUCGACGAUCUGUCCACAAAACUCAACGAUGAAGCCAAGAAGCUAAUUGCUGAUCUGGGCAGCUCGGUUAUCAGCAACAUGGGCUUCCGGGACAACUGGAUCUUUGUGGGAGGGAAAGGCAUCAAGACCAAGAGUCCAUUUGAGCUGCACAUAAAGAACAGCGCAGACACCAACAAAUUUGACGGCUGGCCCGACGUGCUGGAGAUGGAGGGCUGCGUGCCCCAGAGGCAGGACUGACCUGAGAUCUGCCGGCCGACCCGUCCUGCAGACAUUCCUUUCCCCGCGAGUCUUCUGAGCGGUUACACUUCUUUGGGCGCAGGUCGGUUUUUUAGGGCUGCCACCCACACGGGCUCGUUAUUCACAUUUGCCUUUUUAGACUAAAGACUUUGAAGAAGACGCGACAAGGAAAGAGGAGCUACUGUGAAGUCAGUCUACUGAAUCGUAGAAGGAAGUAAUAGGUAGAGUGCACUGAUUUAUAAUGGACUUCCAUUUGGUUCUUGGUAUACUAUCACACUUUCUAUCUGUAACGCCCUGGCUCUAAUAGUGUGGCGUAAUUGCACUUUUGCUGAUAAAAAAUGGACAUCGUAGCCCAGAUUUUUGGGGGCGCUGAGUUUCCAUUCCAUGUUCCUUGCCUUAAUCUCAUUAUCUUACUCCUGGUUUUAAGCAAACGGGACUUUUCCUUUUCUUCCUUUCAGAGACAGCUAUUUUUCUAAGAAUAUUAUGACUAUUAACAGGUUUUGAGGAUGCUUCUUGUCAUUAUAUUGUAACCAAAUGUACCAAAUUCACGUGGAAAUGUGUUAAUAUUUGUUUCGAGAAGAAUCUCAAAGAUCUUAAUAUAAUGAGCAUUGUAACAAUAAUAUAAUUUCUUAAAUUAAAUGAUAUUGUAGCGGCUAUGUAGUGUUGGUUAUGUGUAUGUAUGCAGUGCAGUACACGGUAUACUCUGAACAUUAGCUGUGGAUCAACUCCACGUCAUCAGGAUAUACUAAAUGUUAAUCUCACAGACAAUUUGAAAGAAAUUAGAGGUUGUUAACCAGCUCACACUGUUGUAGGUCAGGUGGUUACCUGAGAGCGAAUAACUAAUGCAUACAAUUGUCUUAUGACGAUGCUUCACCACGUGCCUUCCUGUUUUAGUUUCAUCUUCGUUUCCAAGAAUGUCCUUCAACAGCAGUAAUUUAAUUUUUUCUCAAACAAUUGUGUAUUUAAAACAAAGUUGUUGACUCCACUCGCAUUAAUGUUGCAUGUAUUUGAUCAGAAUGGAGUAAUAGAGUAUGUUAAUGAACAUCGGUAUGAAAUACAAGAUGUAAACAUG